CAUUUACAAUCAGCUGGUCGCAAGGGGUGCAUGGUGGAUGGACGAGGGGGAGGGGGAAUUUAAAUGCAACGAGAGGGGGCAGAGGAGAUUCACCAGUCUCUGCCGGAGUGCCGGCCAGUCUUGUGCAGAACGUUGGAUCGUUCGGUUAAAAACAGGUUCCACUCCUGGUGUUUCUUUUCAGUUCUCGUUACUUUAUUUGAAUUUUUGUAGUUUGUGAAACCAUCAGACAGCAGGCACAGAACACACAGGAUGGGUGUGAAAGGUUUCUUCAUUACAGCAAUAUUAAUCAUCGGUAUGUCGCCGUCACACAGUAAGGGUGAGGGGCAGGGGGUGGCAGAGGAGUUUGACUGCUGCAACAACAACAUCUCGUGGUUCAACUGGCCGAACUUCGCGUGCGACCCGCGUCACAACCGCACCCUCAGCUGCACCUCACAGGAGGUCUGGUUCCUGUCGCCCACCAUCGACCCAGACGACACCCUCAACCAGCUGCCCAGCGGCGACAUCAUCAUCGGACGGUGGUUCCCGCUCGCCUCUCACGAAUUUUGCCUGGGCACGACCAACACGACAGGCAAGGUGGGCCCUGCUGUGAUCACCUGCCUGCCCGACUACCUGAAGGAGGAGGACAACAACAUAGCAUUGCUGGCGUUCUGCCUGAUCGUGUCGAGCUGCUUCGCGCUGCUCACUCUGGUCGUCUACUGCAUCCUGCCGCAGCUGCGCGACCUGCAGGGCAAGUGCAUCAUGUGCAUGUUGGCCAGCAUCAGCAUCGGCUACCCCACGCUCGGCUUCAUGCAGCUCUACACCACCGAGCUCGGCGACAGUGCCUGUGUCCUUUCCGCACUGACGAUAUUCUUCUGGUUGUUAGCAACAUUCACAUGGCUGAACAUUUCAUGCUUCAACAUUUGGCAGUCUGCUGUGUUGGUGAACAGAAAAUUGAGCGACCAAACACUAUUCUUCUACUACUCAUUAUUUGGAUGGGGUGUGCCAUUAUUAUUCCUACUAGCAGUUAUUGGCUUCGAGUAUGUCUUUGAUGCCGACAUUAAACCACAAAUUGGAUUGACCAAGUGCUGGUUCCACCGUGAUUACGAGCUAUGGGUUUUCUUCUAUGGGCCGAUAUCUAUACUACUCGUUGCCAACCUAUUCUAUUUCAUUUCUACAAUGUUCCAUCUUUGGAGAGCAAACAAGGCUGAGCCAGCAAUGUCUGAUUCCAAACUGAAGAAGAUGAAAUACAAAUGUAUGCUGUACGUGAGACUGUUCUUGACAAUGGGCGUCACAUUCACAUUCGAAGUCAUCUCAUUCCUUUUCGAGCGGCAUGUCACUAAUUCAUGGAAAACAUGGUGGACCAUAAUGGACAUAAUCAACUCGCUGCAGGGCAUGAUCCUGUUCAUAGUGCUGGUGGCGACCCGCAAGAAGGUGCUGCGAGGUCUGUCGACAGUGCGCGUCUGCGGCAGACGCAUAUUCUGCGCGCGCACCGAAUGGGACAACUUUGAAGACGAGGAGAGCGACAACGAGCAACAAGACAACAUACAGAUGGGCAACGACAGAACAUGAGCCAACCACUUUCAAAAGCACACACUCUACAUCAAUAGCUAUUAACGGAGUAUGAAUAAUAAAUGAUCAUAUGAGUAAGAAAGGGAAUAACCAUUAGAUAAAUAUAGAAUGGAAUACAGGUUGGACAAUACACAGGUUGAAGAAGAGAAACGAAAUUGAACAAAGUACUGACUGAAGGGCAAUAACUAUCUAUGGAGUAUAAAUAACCAUAUCAGUUGAAGAGGAAGGAAGAUAAUUAAUUAUUACAUAAGUAUAGAAAUAAAUACACCAACACACGUUCGAAGAAGACAACAUAAGAUUUCUGUUAUUUUUAAUUUCUCUUAAAGAUACUGACUGAAGAUCAAUAGCUAUUUACGGAGUAUGAAAAUGGAUUCUUGAGAAAAAAAAUGGAAACUAUAUGAUCAAGCAACACGUGUUACUACUCAAACUACACUCAAGAUACUGACUAAAGACCAAUUGCUAUUAAAUGGUACCUAUGAAUAAAGAGUAUAUUAUUGUUAAAGAAUAUAUUAGUAGAAAAGUGAACUCCAUAAAAUUAUUACAAUAUAUAAUGCUUAAAGUAUACAUUACACAAAUGAAGAAGAUAACCUAUGAAAUCAUGACAUGAGGAUAAAAGAUACUGAAGACCAGUCUUCAUUCUGAGUACUAUAUGAAUAAUCACAUUGGUAUAAAAGGGAAUAAAUGUAAUCAUUAGAAAAGUGAACAGAUACUGACUGAAAAAACCAUUCAUAGAAUAUAAAUUGUUAAAUGAGGUGUAAUAGAGAUAAUAAUCAAACAUUAUAUUUAUGAAUAUGGCGGAGAAAAUCUACCAAGAUUGCGACUACCACUUUUGUUAUUGAGGCAAUAGAAUGAAAAAACAAUGAAAAGUUCUCCAGGACUGAACCCUUGAUACGUAAGUUUUAUGUUGUAAAUCAAGAAUUGAGAUGCACAAUUAUCACAUGAGUAUAAGGAGGGAAUGAGUAUAUACUGGGAGGAGUAUUCAAGAGUUAACCACCACCUGACUUGUCAUUGAUACUUGUGUAAAUAAGUAAUUUAUGAUUAAGUAUAUUAAAAAUGAAUCAACAUAUCUGAUAUGUUGUUAUUAUUCAAAGACGAAUCUCUUAUAUUUUAGAAGAAUUUAAAAUUAACAAUAUAGAGUAUAGUAUAGUUUCAAGGAUUAAUUUCUAUCAAUAGAAAUAUUUUAGUACGGUAUCAACACUUUACACUAUUCUUUCAAUAAGUAUUUUAUUUUUAUUUUAUAGAUAUGUGAUACAGCAUAGUUAUCAAUCAUGUGAAUUCAUUUGGUUUGAACUAAAAUAAUGAUUGAAUUACAAUAUCACAAGUAACUAUAUUAUAACGUGACUUAUUGAAUUUAUUAGUGUGAGUGAAUCAUAAUUGCUUUUAAAAUGAGUUUUUGGACUUGGCAUAGAAAAAGGAAAUGAAUUUGGUGGGGACUGCACUGAAUGUAAACAUCCAAGAUAAUAAACCGAUGAAGAUUAAAUAUGGAUUGUAAAUAAAUUGAAAUGAGUAACGAUACAAAAUUUUUAUGAUGAGGCAUGAGAUGCGAUUCAUGACAAACAUGAAUUUAAAAAUAAUAAAAAAGGAUAAAAAUAAUUGAAAAGCCGAAGAAAUUCAUUAAAGAUUGAGGGAAUUGUAUAUAGUUUAAGAUAAGUAGAGAAUGAGUUAUUAUUCAUGAUAUUAGUUUUUACGAAUACUUCAUGUAAAUAUUAUAUAAGAAUAUAUCAAAAUUUGAUAUGAAACCUACAAUAAAUGAAUACUCAAAGAAAAUUAUUAUUUUUAGUUUAAGAUAAUGUUGUAUUGAAGCUUUGUUGAAUUACAUUUCAUGGACUUAGCAGCUUAUAGAUUGGCGGCAGUUGAUUUAAAUAUUUUAAAGAAUUUUGGGUAAUGUUAGUUCAAUAUAGCAGAUUGUAAAAAAAAUGUAAAUAUGACAGUGUGCUGAUUGCGAUUUGUUUUAAAUAUUGUACUUAGAAUUUUCAUGUACUUAGCUUAAGGAAAAUAGCAUUCUUCAAAGAGUGGUGAAGAAUUAAUUGUCAAUGGAUUUGUACAAGUUUGAAUAAGGAUCAACCUUUGAAUUUAUUUUGACUCUUCACCAAUUAACCUUAAAUAUCCUAAUAACAUAACAUUUUACAAUUUUACUGAGAUAUACAUUUUCAUUAAUGCUGUAUCUAGAAUAGAAAAUUUAACUGGAAUAUAAUUGGAGAAACAUGUUAUUUCAAUAAUUGAUAUUAAUGAUAUCUUGUUAUUAUUUAAUAAUCGUAGUUAUAAGUUGUAAAGUAUGUCAUAUGUGAUAGUAUUUUAUCACUGUUAGAAAUUAAUUUUGACAACUUGGCAAAUUUAUAAAUAAAAAUUUAUUUUCAUUGC